ACCAUAUAAUUGGAAUCAUACUGAAUGUAGCUUUUGCAGAUUGACUUCUUUCAUUUGGCAAUACGCUUUUAAGUUUUCCUCCACAUCUUUUUUGUGGCUUGAUAGCUUAUCCUUUUUAAUACUAAGUAAUAUUUCAUUGUAUGGAUGUACCCUAGUCUGUUUACCCUUUGGGAUAGACUUUUCAUUUGAUUAAGGAGUGUGGCUUGAGAAAUGGAAAAACAAAGAUGCCUAAACUAGCAGAAGGCAGGGUUCUUGUGGUCAAUGCUCAGGGACAGAGUCCAGCCCUUCACCAACUCUUCCAGCCCUUCACCGACUCUUCCAGCCCAUCAUAUCACAGGUAAGCGUCCAGUAAUUUUUGGGCCAAUUAAUCCUCCAAAACCUUCUCUAAAGAGCCAGUUCUUCUAGACACCAGAAGACCCCUAUGCCAUCUUGGAAGGGGUAGAGCUGCUUGGUUGGCCCUUCCAUGCCAUAGAAGCUUCCCUGGGGAAUACUCUGUUGCUACCCUCUGGUCCUACAGGUAAGAUGCUCUGUGGACAGAACCAAAACACUCAUCUCUCAAUCUAAUCACAAGGGAGUAGAAUUAAUCCAAACAACUCUAUGGAACAGAGAGAGCCAGUAGUAUUGUUGGGUGCUAAGUGGAAGCUGUGAGGGGAUGAUAAGCCAACUGUACCUUCUGGAUGUUCACAUUUGGAAGGAGAGAAUAUCUGCACAACAACAGCAGUAACCCACAUGCAGUGAUGUGCGAUCCCAGCCUGAGGGUGCAGCUAAGGAUCUGGGUGGAAGGGAAGAGCUCUUCAGGGAAAUCAAUAAGUCACCUAGAAAUUGCAGGGCCAAUUGAAAUAGAAUUUAUGGGCUGGGGAUAUAGCUCAGUUAGGAGAGUGCUUGCCUUGCAUGCACAAUGCCCUGGGUUCACUCCCCAGCACCACCAAAAAAAAAAAAAAAAGAAAAAAGAAAGAAUGAAAAGAAAAGAAAUAAAAUUUACUAUGUCAGUGACGCUCCUGCCCCCAUGCAAAAGAACUUAUCACCCAGACCUGAGUCUUUGUUUAAGGUCACUGCUCAAAAUCAGGUUCUCUCCCAGGGCGUGGUGCUGGUCCCUUGAUAAUCAGAUCCCUUUCUCUCCAUGUGACAAAAGGGUGAGUCCAAUACAAUGAUAGAACAAUUUGCUUUAUAUCUGUUCACAUCUUACAAAUGUUUGUGCUCACAUGACUUACAUAGUCAAUGCAAGGGUAGAAAGCACUUGAGAAUUUCUUACCUAAGAGAAAGAAGUUGGGGGCUACUUUGCCCCAAAGCCUAUUUUAUAAGAUGGGUCUCAUCCAGAGACACUUGUCUUAUUCUUUGUCCCUAUUUCUGUUUAUAUAACUAGAGGGGUUGAGGGCCACCACAGAUGGUUAAUUAGACACAAGGGACAGAGAUGGGGGCCAUGGGUUGGUCAAGGAGUAGCUGCCUCCUACCUGGAGGCCUCCUGAAUAGAAAUCUCUACAGAAGGAGGACACGCCUAUGGGAAGGAGGAUGCGUGGUGAUGGUAUGUGCUCCAAAUGUGCUGGUCUAGAGUUUUUCAAAUCACAGGACAGCAGAAAUAGCCCAAAUGGCUUCCAUGGAACCAGAUAUGCAAGUAGAAGAGAAUCAGAACCAGAUUCAAGCAUAGCAUUAGCCUUGGGGACAACUGGUCCCUCCUAAUCAUCAGUAUCUGGCCACUUCUUUGGUACCUGGCCAUUCUCUGGGGCAUUUCUCAUACAUAUGGGUCACCCAGAGAAGAGAAAAAAAAAAAGAAAAGAGAUCUUACUAUUAAGUUCCUUGUAUCUGGGCUGGAAUAUAGCUUGGUGGUAUAGUCCUUACCUAGCACACAGGAAGUCUUGUGUUUGAUCCCCAGCACUGUGUGACUUAGGUGGGGAGAGUCUUUGCGUCUAAAAAAUGUCUACUAGAAAAAUACAGUGUUUGUGUUUCACAGGAAUCUGUUUUCAGGAAGCAUCUGCUAUUUGGGUGCUAAUCAGGGGAUGAUUUUUAUCUCCUUUUCUUGCUUAUUUGUUUGCCUUUCUUCAUGGGAGAGACUUGUCAUGAAAGUUCACGGCAAAGCCCAACAUUCAGUAAUAGGAGAAAAAGAGAAGAAGGAGCUCUGGGAUGUGUUACUCUGUCCUGGGUUGUGACUCAUUCACUAUGCAAAUUCUCUUUCUCCUCCCCUUCACAAUUUUUCCUCCCUGACUUUCAGAACCCUCUCUAGACUUAGCUCCUUUUAUCUUAUUCUAUGCACUUUCUUUCCACUCCACCCUGUAUUUCUCAGUCAUAGACACUGCAGCACAUUUAAAUAUCCACCCAUAAUGAAAGCAAAACCUGUGCAUCGUGUGGGGGUCCUCAGGAAAUCAGGAAGUUGGGGAGAAAGAGGGGAAUAGCUGAGGAUGGCUUUCUGAGACUGACACCACCUCUUUAUAAGGAGCUCUGUAUCUCUAGGGACAUUAAAGGACAAGGAUUCAUAACAGAGCCCAAAGCUGUGCUCUUACUGUUUAAAAUCUUAAACUGUAAGUCAUGCAGCCAUUCAUACAUUCUCACCAUGUGCGUUGAUUGAGCACCAAUUACAUAACAGAGUAGACCUACACAAAGAUGAUUGAAAUGUAGUCCUUCUUCCCAAGAAGCUGGUAGGAGAGACAGGCCAUGGGACCAUAAUAGUGAUAACAAGUGUGAUGAAGUCUAUGAUCCUGAGAGACUGUAGGGCCAGGACCUUCAGAGAGGUCCUGGAACCCAACUGUGCAGAUCUGGGAAGAAUUCCUCAGGACUAAACAUGAAGGUGAAGUUGAGAAGAGGAAGCCUCUGGCUUGGGUGGUCCUGGCAAGAGUCCACUGCAAGAACAAAAACAUAGUGUUGAUUUGGAAAACUGGCUGGAACUUUAAAAUUUGGCGUAGGAAGAAAUGAGACAUAGGGCAGAAAGGCUGAGCCAGCUUGGGAUGGUCUUUGAGGCUGGAUAAGAAGGCUGAGACUAAGGAAGAUUAUGGGACAACUAAAGUCAAGAGAAAUAUAUAAUCAGAAUUGCACUUGCAGAAGGAAAAUUCCAGUUGAGAUAUGGAGAAUUGUUUGGAAGGGAUGGGACAGAAGACAUGGAGAUGCUUGGGAAGAUGUUACAAUAAAAUAGGCUGGAAAUGAUGCUCCUCAGAAGUCUCCUUCUCCAUAUCUGGCCACCUUCCUGAUGGAGGCUUUCUUGAAACAACUCAUUUGCUAAUUGAGUCAUUUCUGUGCCAUCGGUGACUAUAAUGGUUUCGUUUUAUAGCUACUACCAUGUAAAAUCACCAUUGUGUAAAUAUUUCCUCCUGAUAAAAGCUAGCUUCUCACAGUAUUUGUCCAUCAACAGGCUCAGAGACCCAACUGCCUCAUAUUUCCUCACAGCCUCUGUUAAGAAGAAGUUUGGUUGUAAGUAGAUACAAAAUUGUUAAGACACUUGUCCCAGCACAAGAAGUUAGAAUGUGAUAGGCCCACUAGGGAAAGAUCAUUGACCAUGAAACAGAUAAGAUGGGGCUCAUUCAGAGACACUUGUCUUAUUCUUUGUCCCUAUUUCUGUUUAUAUAACUAGAGGGGUGGAGGGCCACCACAGAAGGUUAAUUAGACACAAGUGACAGAGAUGGGGGCUAUGGGUUAUAUAUUUAUUUUUUUUGUUUAUUUAUUUAUUUCAGGAUUCUGCUCAAAUUAACCUGCAUUUCAAAGGAAAAGCAUUUGGUUGUUUGGGCCCAAGCAGAAUUAUUUUUAAAUAUUUAAGAGGGAAAGAUGAGACAGCAAACUUCCCGAUAUGUUAGCUGUGUGAUAGUGGGGAAGUAAUUGCCCUGUGACUCAGUUUCCACAAUUAAAAUGGUAUAAUUACUUUGCCCAUCUGUACUAUCUGUGGCUACCAUAACAAAGUGGUUUUGUCAUAAGAAAACCACUAUGAACUGAGUGGUUUAAACAUAGAAAUGCGUUAUAGACGUGGAGGCUGCAAAGCUGAAAUCCAGGGGUUGGUUCUCUCCUUGGAGCUGUGAGGAAGAAUCUGUUCCAUGUUUUUCUGGUGGUUGCUGACAAUCUUUGGCCUGUUGAAGCAUUACCCUUACCUCUACCUUCAUUCUCACCUGUUGUUCUUGGUAGUGUGUAUCCAAAUACAAGUCAUAAUGGAUUAGGAUUCACUCUAAUGACCUUAUCUUGACAAUACCUGCAAUGACCUUGUUUCUAAAUAACCUCUCAUUCUGAGAUGCUGGCUGUUAAGACUUCAAGUAUGAAUUUGGGGGCCAGGGGCAAGGAGGCACAAUUUAAUAUAAACACCACCUAAUAGACUUCUCAACAAGAAUUAAAUGAAUUAACUCCUAUAAAUUCCUUAAAAUAGUGCCUGGCACUUUAAAAAAAUGUUGACUUUUUGUGUGUGGGUUAUGAUAGAUUAGAAUGAAAAGCAGCAGCAUUGCAAUUCAACUGGUGUGUACCAAGGUAGGUUUCAGAGUCAUUUAAGACUCAUUGGUUUUUGUUUGUUUGUUUGUUUGUUUUUGGAUUGUUCAGAGCUUAUGCAAUACCAAAAUAGUAUUUUGAAUAAUCUCUUUGCUAAAAGGUGCAGAGUAAGAAUGGGCAGACACAUUGAGAUCUGAGUUUUCUUCCCUGUUCUCCAAGCUUGUGUACUAUACAAUGCAACUAGCCCAGGAGUAGUUGGAGUACUGUUAUUUGUUUUAGAGGGGAAACCAAUACAGGCUCUGUCUUUUUCAUGCACCCAUAAAAAAAAUAGCUUCUCAGUUUCUGUGGCUCUCCCAUGGGGGCUGGAACAGGGCUACCACACGGAGCUGGAGACACAGCUUUACUAGAGUGCUUUUUCGAUGGGCUGACCCCAGGCAACCUGGAGGAGCCACUGACAUGUGUCAGUGUUUGCUUACCUCAGAUCACCUUAGAGUCAGCUCUUGUAAAAAUAAACCAGCAAUGUUGACUUUUUGUGUGUGGAUGAUUAAACAAAUCAGGUGACCCCAAAUGAAUUCUAGAUAGAGAGGACUAAUUGGAAAUUUCAGCAAACUGAUGAAAUUGGCAAGAACUGAGCCUGAAGAGCAUUCCAGGUACAGCAAUCUCUUUUCAAGGAGCCCCUUACAGCCUUUGAUGUUUCUGCCAAAGGGCUGCAGUGCAGGAGAUGACAAAGACAACGCCUGCUUCUCAAAGGAGGUAGCUGACAUAAUGGCCAAAGUCAGACCAAGCUGCUCAGGAAAAAUGAUUGUGGAUAUAGUUUCAGCUGAAGAUGCCUUCCCCUAUUCAUGGAGGUGAGCACUAAAGAUGCUUUGCACAUGAACACUGACGGACAAGAAAUGCAGUAGAAAUGUAAUUGAGGCUAAUUAUCAGAAGGUAUGACAGGAAGCACACUCACCUUGUAUAAUACAGAGCUACAGGCAAUCUUUGAUACAUUUCCUGUAAGAAGAAAAGGGAGCCAACAUGAAGGAUAAUGUGGCAUCCACAGUUGUUUUCAUGCUGCUGCUUUUUCUCAACAUCAGACUCCUGAAUGGAGAGUCACCUCCUGGAAAACCUACUAUCUUUAAAUGUCGUUCUCCUGAGAAGGAAACAUUCACCUGCUGGUGGAGUCCUGGGACAGACGGAGGACUGCCUACCAAUUACACACUGACUUACCACAAGGAAGGAGAGACCAUCACCCAUGAAUGUCCAGACUACAAAACCAGUGGCCCCAACUCCUGUUACUUUAGCAAAAAGCACACCUCUAUAUGGACAAUAUACAUCAUGACAGUAAAUGCCACCAACAAGAUGGGAAGCAGUACCUCGGAUCCACGCUAUGUGGAUGUGACUUAUAUAGUUGAACCAGACCCUCCUGAGAACCUGACAUUGGAAGUGAAACAGCCAGAAGACAGAAAACCAUAUCUGUGGAUAAAGUGGUUCCCACCCAGCCUGGUUGACGUAAGAUCUGGUUGGCUCACACUACAGUAUGAAAUUCGAUUAAAACCUGAGAAAGCAGCUGAGUGGGAGACCCAUUUUGCAGGGCAACAGACACAAUUUAAGAUUCUCAGUUUAUAUCCAGGACAGAAAUACCUUGUCCAGGUUCGCUGCAAACCAGAUCAUGGAUUCUGGAGUAAGUGGAGUCAAGAGAGCUCCAUUCAGAUACCCAGUGACUUCACCAUGAAAGACACAACGGUUUGGAUCUUUGUGGCUGUUCUUUCUGCUGUCAUCUGUUUGAUUAUGGUCUGGGCAGUGGCUUUGAAGGGCUAUAGCAUGAUGACCUGCAUCUUUCCACCGGUUCCCGGGCCAAAAAUAAAAGGAUUUGAUACUCAUCUGUUGGAGAAGGGCAAGUCUGAAGAACUCCUGAGUGCCUUGGGAUGCCAAGACUUUCCCCCCACUUCUGACUGUGAGGACUUGCUGGUGGAGUUUUUAGAAGUAGAUGACAGUGAGGACCAGCAGCUAAUGCCAGCACAUUCGAAAGAACACCCAGGUCAAGGUGUGAAGCCCUCACACCUAGAUCCUGACAAUGAUUCUGGCCGGGGAAGCUGUGACAGCCCUUCCCUUUUGUCGGAAAAGUGUGAGGAACCCCGGGCCAACCCCGCAACUUUCCACACUCCUAAGGUCAUUGAGCAGCCUGAGAAUCCCAAAACAAAUAUUCCCUUCACCUGUGACCCCCACAGCAUAAGUAUGGAAGGCAAAAUCCACUACUAUCAUGCUGGUGGAUCCAAAUCUUCAACCUGGCCUUUACCACAGGCUGCGCAGCACAACCCCAAGUCUCCUUACCACAGCAUUGAUGAUAUGUGUAAACUGGCUGUGGACCCUGCAGGUGCACUGGCCAUGUUGUUGGACAAAGCAGGCAAAGAUGCUUUACGAUCCUCUAAAACCAUUGAGACUGGAGGGGAGGAAAAGGAAGACAAGCAGAAGGAGAUGGAAAAGUUCCAUUCCAAGACUGAGCAAGGCACAGCCUGGCUGCUGCCCCAGGAAAAAGCCCACUUUAUCUCUGCUAAACCCCUGGAUUAUGUGGAGAUUCACAAGGUCAACAAAGAUGGAGCUCUGUCAUUGCUGCCAAAACAGAAAGAGAACAGUGACCAGACAGAGAAGCCCGGGGCUCUUGAAACCAGUAAGGAGUAUGCCAAAGUUUCCAGGGUUAUGGAUAACAACAUCCUGGUGUUAGUGCCAGACCCACAUGCUCAAAGUGUGGCUUUGUUUGAAGCAUCGGUCAAGGAAGCUCCGCCAUCAUAUCAACAGAAUCAAGCUGAGAAAGACCUGGCCUGCUUCACAGCAACACCAAGCAACUGCAGACACCCCCAGGGUGGGCUGGAUUACCUGGAUCCUGCAUGCUUCACACACUCCUUUCAUUGAGAGUUGACUAAUGGAAGGUUUGGGUAAAAUGUGAUUUUUCUUCAGGUAACACUACAAAGUUACAAAAUGCCAUCUGCGAGCUGAUGCUCGAGAAUGUGGGUAGAAUGACACUACUUUGUUCUUUUUCAUGCUCCGUGUCUGACCACUUGCCUCUUUUUCCAACUGCUGAUUUCCAGAACAAGUCGUUUUGUGUCCUGUGAUUUGUAGAUUUACUUUUUUGCUAUUAGUUAUAAAAAUUGUAUUCAAUGAAAUAAAAGCACAUAGCUUAGUAUUCUUGAGGGAUAGUACGAUUUAGGUACAUCCUCUGGAAAAGGCUUUCAUGGUUCAGUAGGUGACAGAAGGAAAUGAAAUGGUCAAAAUGGUAGCACGGGAAGGUGACAGAUAGGUGGGAAAUGCCAUGAAAACCACUUCUGAAAAACAGUUCUUUAAUCUUGACACUCUUCUUUCUUUAGGAUUACCCAAAUAUGACCCAUGGAAAGAACACAUGCAUUCCAGCAUACCUGACGAGUUGUUUACACCUGUUCCUAUACCUUGACACAUUGCCAAGAUGCAAGUAAAAUGAUGCCUCCGAUUUUUUCUUAAGAUACUUUGAAUAUGUUAAGCAUAGAUUUCACACCCCUAAAUUUUACUUCAUUCCAAAGCCUCUAAAGAAUAUAGUUUUGGAAAGUAAAAUUUUAUUAUAUAAGAGGCAAAUGAAUUUCAUGUGGCAAAUUCUUUUAGAAUGUUUUCCUGCAGCAGGAAAAAAAAAUUAUUAUAUUCCCUAGUCUUUCCUUAGUGAAAAAAAAAAUCCCAAAAGAUGAACUCUAAUCUAAAAGAUAAUCACAGCAGGAUGCUAAUAGAACUACUGCCUUACUGUACAUACGAAUUCUACUUUAAUACAAACCCAUAAGUUUAGCAAUGUAUUUUUGAAGACUAUUUUUCUAUUGCUGAGGUAAAAUAAAAGACUAUUUUCUAUUUUCCCAGUAUAGCUCUUUAUGUAUUCAGUGGGUACAGUAUUUUCUGCUACAAGGUUAUAAUUGAGCAUUUACAGUGCAUAAAAGUGUAUGCAGUCCCUGUUUGUAGAGUAAAAUGUCAUACCAACCCAAAGCCCACUGAGAAAUAUGAAGUGGAUUACAAAAUCCAGUUUCCAUUACAAUGGAGUAUAGUUUCUCUGAUUCUUUUUCUCUCCAAGAUACUUUAAGCAACAACGAACAACAACAACUUGGGUUCAAAGAAUUCUCCACAGAUCAGAAAUUAUUUCUCCUGUGAGUUUAGGGCAACUCUGAGGCUUCUGCCCAUCUAUGGUUGAAUCUUCAUAAAGCUACCAUGAAAAAGGACAGUGGUGAUUUUAACAUGCUGUUUCAGAGACAGAGGCUUGGUCUUGUUUUGUUUUUCUGAGCAAUCUUGGGCAGCAAAAGAAUUUUAAGCAAAACCAGGAGUUAGUAUCUCUCCUAAAUAGAUCCAUUUGCAAAAUCUUGGUAGAGAUGGAGACAGCACUUACAUGGGCAGUGUCCAAAAACGCUCUAGAAAGCCAGGCAUUUGUAGAGUAAUAGGAAAAGCUCCAAAGGUCAGGUAUGGUAAUGAGAAUCUGUAGAUCAGUUAGUUAGUUAGCUAGUUUGUUAGUUUGCUUGUUUGUUGUUUGUUUUUGACCCCCUGAGAGUGGUCAAAAGCUGGGAUCACCAUUUUAAGAGGAACAUCUAUGAAUCAUUGACUUUACAAACAGCUUCCCUCUAUUUUUUAUUUCACCUGAGGACAAAUCCACUUUCCAGCCACUCACUAAUGACAUAAAAGACUUGAGCUCACCCUGGUGAGUCAAGUAUUCCACCCCAACAAGUCCAUAUUGAUAAGAACUGGAUCCAGCUUCCCGGAUGAUUAAAAGUGAACACACUGCCAGUGCUCUAUUUUCCCAAUACAUAGACAACUCUUAUGAUUUGAGGAAGCAUUUGGGAGAGUUGUCCAAGCUCAUUAAUCCUCUAGAUCCUCAAUACUCAGUGUCUGAGAAUCAAAUGUGUCAGUAUCAACUGGACACUGUAUGAAAAUAAUGUUUGCAAAAUCUUGGACCCCCAGCCCAGCCCUACAGAAAUGGAAUCUGCAUUUAACGAAGAUCCCCAGAUGAUUCACAUGCUCAUGGAAGUUUAAGAAACAUUGCCCUAGAUUAAUAUUUCCACUAAAGGUUAUUUUAGUGCAUGGAAACAAUCCUCUCAUGGAACGUAUAGGUCAAGUUACAUUUAACUCUCAAUGAACAGUGCUAUAUAUAAGAAUAAGGCAAAAAAAGAAACCUAUUAGUGGUUUAAGAUGCACAUAAUGGAGAAUCUGAGAAUGACCUGCAAAAGCACAUAAAAUUUCCAUUAGGGCCAGAGAAUACAGUCCACUUAAAAGAUGUUGAUCAUAGACAAUGACCUUCAAGACAAUUUAAACUAUACUUUUCCCAAGUAGACCAUUCUUCUCCAACAUAUGUAUAUAUAGGUUUUUAUUUAUAAAAUUAUGACCAUAGCAAAGACAAAAACUUGUUUGUGUGUGUGUAAUUGUGUAGAUCUUAUAGUUUGAAGUUUUUUAAACAAUCUUCUUUUGACAUAUAAUUUUAUGUAUAUAAAAAAAGGUUAUUGCCGGCUAACAACAACCCAAAUCCCAAAGACACAAAUUAGCACUCAUUAGUCAAAAUUAUGGUUCUGUAAUCAUUUAGCACUCUUUCGAUUGUUUUCAUGAUAUAGCAUAUUUUCUUUGAUGGAAACAGCUGAUUGAAUGGAAGAACGCAUACUCUGGGUUCUUCUCCUGUUUUGCCUUGGAGAGAUGGAGAACUUCUUAAGGUCUCAUUUUUUUUUCUGAAGAUGUUAGACCAAAUAAUUUCUAAAGGCUUUUAAACUGUGAUUCCUUGAUUCCAUGACUCACUGAAUAUUUUCCUACAAAGAUCAUUCAAACAAAUGCCUUGUAUCUUAAUAUGGCAUCAAAUAAUUGCUUUUCAUUAUAUGAAUACCAGGUAAUCUUCAGUGAUCUGCUCAUCAUACUUUACUUUUUAAAUCAUCAGCCCCAAAUGAUCUUAAUGUAUUGCAAAUUCAUUUUCUAAGUAAUAUAAAUACAGAAUCAUAUUCUUAAAUUAUGUACAAAUAUGCAUACAGAGAAUAGGCAUAAGAUAGAAAAGAGACACUAAUCUGUAGAAAAAUUAUCUUUUAGUGAAUCAAGCCAUGCUCAUUUCUGGCUGAGUCCAGCAGCCCCAAAUCUCUUUUCUUUUAUCUAUUGAUUUUUUUCCACUUAUGAUAGCUUGUAAACAACCAUUGCCCAACUGACUUAAGGUCAUACUUUGAUAAACAAGUACCUAAAUAUUCACGUUACAAAGCUUGUGAAACUUAUGGUUGAUUUAUGGACACUUACGACCAAAGUAACAAAAUGUUCUAUUUAAGUUUUAAUUUAAUGUAUAUAAGACACCCUAACAUGAGCACAAGUUAUUAUCAGCUGCCAUUGAUAUUUAGCAGACUCGACAUUUUCCUAAGUGCCUAAGACCAUCUCUGGUAGUCAGUUAUGAACUGAAUACUCACUUUAACUGGUUUGGUCUGAGGAAUCAAUCUCCAGCUGCUUGUGUAAGAUCAAAGCAUUUUGACUCCUUGCCCUGUGGUGACUGAAAUGAAUAAACAGGCAAACCUUGAGUUAAUGAGUGACCUGAGGCUGAGUUCCAGGGAGCAGUUUGUCUCUGGAAGAAAUCUGGCUCUCGCUUUUUUGAGCUGCCCUCUGCUGCCCAUCAUUUGCAUUUGCAGAAAGACUUGGGCCUGCCUUGCCAACUUCCCUAUCUCCUUAGAGAAUAAAGAAACAGAUUUGUAUGUUUUAUAAAAGUGCCUUUCUUUAUUUUCUAAAAAAAAAAAAAAAAAAAGAGUUGUCACUUUGCAAGAAAUUUGUCAGAAAGUAAAACUGACCUUAAGUAGAUUUUGUUUUUAUGCAAAUGUUGCAUAAAAAAAAUGAAGAAAUGGAAAGAGAAGUCAGAAAGAAUGACAAAAUGGCCUAAGAAUUAACCAGCAAAAUGUUCAGUAGAUUUUUGUGUAUUGUUCCAAUGAACCAUCACAGAGCAUAUGUUAAUAGUGUGACUUACUUUGCCUGACAAGAAAUUGAGUCUGGCUAUGAUGUGGGGAUAAACCUGCCACCCACUCAAGACAAUCCAUUUUAAAGCAUAUUGUUGUGCUUUUAAAUGUCACUGAAUUGCAUGCCAGAGCCUCAAAAGAACAAUGUGUGCACUUUGAAACUUUGCACACAGAUGGAAAAAUACUAAUGACUCUGAGUUAUCACCCCCAGUGUUGUUAAAAAUAGAUAAGCCAUUGAUGAAAGCCUUGUGUGUACUUCAGUGAAUGAAUGUCCUUUCCUGUCUUUUUUGCUCAAGCACAAUAUUGUCAUUGCUGGGAUAGUGACUUGGCGUUCAAUGUCCAGGUCUAGCUCCUAUCACUGCCACUGAAUAAACUAUAUGGACCUUUAAAUUCUGGCCACCAAUUUUCUCACUGGGUUGGCCAAAAAUAUUUCUAGGAUUUCUCCUAGCUCUGUCUUUGAUUCUCAUAAUCUAAGUAAAAUCCAAGAGUUCAUGUCCAAGUCCAGGUAUCCCACAGGAACACAUUGCUGACCUGCCCUUGACCUGCCCAGUGAACUCUGAAGACAGUGUGUCUAUAAAAAUGCUUAAGAGACAAAGUCAGCUCCAUUCCUUCAACCCAGUUGAAUUUAAUCCUCCCCCCUCCUCUUCCUUCCUGGUGUUAUGUACUUCUAGGCUUUUUAUUCCUUCUCCCCAGGGCCUGUUAUUUCUCCCAAGUGUUAAUCAUACCUAGUAGCAAGAAACAAAAUUAUUUUUAAAAAAUGAACUUUAAUUAUGCAAAGAACUAGUCAAAUGUUAAAUCAGGCACAGAUAUCCAAACCCAAGUUGAGGAUCACAAGUACACCCCACUGAGAGAUUUGCAUGCUUAAAGAUUUAAGCCCAUAUUCACUCUUUAAUUAAUUUGGUGGCCAUCUAUAUGUUCAAGCUAUCUUUAUUACUAGGCACCAGAGGUCUUAAGGAGAAACUUAAAAACACAGAAUUAUUUCUUCAGAACUUAUGAUCCAAUAAAAAGUGAGCUUUGUAUGAUUGACAGCUUUGUCAUCUGCAAAUCAAACAGGAUUUCUCUGCCUAGACUUUUGCUUUUUAGGAAGGUGAUUUUUGGUCUGGGACCCCCAUGGUAUCUAUUUCAAUUAAAGGGAAAAGAUAGAUAAAUAGAAAAUAGGAUGUUUCCAAAGGUUUGGGCAUUUGAGAAUUCCACAAAAUGCCAAGAAUAGCCACUAAACCUAAAUUUUAGUGAAAAUAAUAAAACUAUAAUGUAUUCAGUAGUCUGAUAUUAUGGCUCUGAGAUGUAUAUAAUUCAUGAUACAAUAGGCUGGCAGCUCUUUUAUCCACAUCAAUUUAUUUGGUUUACUCUCUGAUUUCAAUUAACAAAGCAUUGAAAAAUGUAAAUUGGAAAGGCAUGCCCUGUUGAUAUGGUGUAAUCAAUGAACAGAGGGACUCUCAGAUAAUCAAGGCAUAUUAGUUAAUUAACAUUUUACCUGCUGCUGUUUAAAAAUAAACCUCUAAAAACUUUGGCAACUGAAGGAGUAAUAUCAAACAUAAACUUAAAUAGUUGUGGUCAAAUUAUGCUCACCUGGAUAAAUUUCUGAGCUUUUCUGUACACAUUUUGCAUUCUGGUGGGAGGGGAUCUUUUUAUCAUGUUAUCUAAAAUUGAAAAACUAUAUGGCAAGAAUACCUCUGAAAAAUGAUUUGUUUUAUAAAUUCUUGGGAAAAAUGAAUUUUGAAAUUAAUUUUAGAAAUAACUACCUCCCCUUCAUGUCCUAAUAACCUUCCUUCAAAGCUGCUUGUAGUUUAGAAAUGAAACAUCUCAUGCUUUGACUGUUUUUGGUGGCAUAUUGGAUGUAUUUGUCAUAAGUCAUUUCUGACUUUAAAGUAAUCAUUGUAUUAUUUUAUACUAUAUUGCCGUAUGUGGUUCAAAAACAGUAUAUGCCACACUGAAAUAUAUAAUCCUCAUGUUAUAAAACUCAUUAUGUAAUAGAAAUGAAAAUUAUUUAAUGACUUAGAAUCUAUCUAUGUGUAAUUUCAAGAUGAUUAUGUUUAUGACUGUAAAAUAAGACUAAAAAAUGUAAUCACAUAUUUCUGUUGAAACUGUGAAUGUACUAAUUUUUCCUUAAUCUUUGAAGUAGUAUCAUAUGCCACUGUACAGCUGCUCUGGGGUGUUCUGUGUUUAAAGUACAAUCCAACAACUAUUUAAACAUCAACUUCAACCCCUCGGCUUUGCUUCAUGUGACCACUGAGUCUUGAGUGUUAUCUGCAUAAUGAGGCUUAGUUUUGUGCUUCAUCAUCCAUUUUGAACAAUGUACAAGUCUCAUGUGGAAACCAAAGCGAUCUAGACCCAACCCAUUGCAAGAUCGUGUCUUCUGCAAAGCCAUACUGAAGUGAAGCCUUCACCAUAAUGGAAGGUUCCAUAUUUUCAAAGCUAUCACUACCUCUGCUUGUCUUCUCUCCCUAGAAAAUGCCAAGUAAAAUCUUUCAACAUUAAGAGGCAAAUUAGAAGUGAUUGUUAAAUACAUUGAUGACGUUGUUUGCUUCUUCACAUGAGAAUGCAACUUCUAAUUCACCACCUUGCAGGCUUAUGCUAGGUUUUCUGAAUAACCCUUUUUACAUUUUUAUAUUUUAUAAAAACCGGCUGAUGAGUAAACUUCAGAAAGAAUACAUAGUCAUCAGAUAAAAAAAAAAAAAAAAACAAUAACAGAGUGUAGAGUUUUUUCCUAACUAUUAAGUCACCUUAAGGUGGUUUCCCAAAGCCAUGAUAAUAUAUGUCAUUAUUGAAAAUACCCAGUUCAGUGCCUGGCUUAACAAAUGUUUAUUUCCUUUGCCUGCCUUUAAUCUAUAUUUUUUUAAUGGAGAAGAGCAGAAUUACAUGUAUACAGCUGAAGCAAUUUUCUUAAAGACUUUUUGCUGUUAAAGGAUCCAUAAUCAGGAAAUUUACAAUAUAAUUCCCCUAAAACUCCUAGAAAUAAAUUUUUUCUUUACUUAAUGUUAGCUAUCAAAUAUAUUAUGAUAUGGGAAAAGUCAGUCAUUUAUCAGAAAUAAUCUUGUUUUGAUUUUAAAAACUUAUUUUCUUUAUGCCAUCAUUGUAAUAUCUAUUUUUUUCCUGUUUAGCCUUUAAGAAUUAUAGAUUAUACACAUCUGAUUUGUUAUCUUGCACUUUUCAUUCUAUAAAUCUUUGGUUAUUGCAUACCAUGCUUCCCGUUUUCCAUAGAUUUAUUCCUUUAUCUCCUUCCAUUUUCUGGGGACUACACGGAUGGUCAAAUCUUUGUCAAUAGUAUGGGAAAUUAUGCUAACUACUAUUCUCAUACCUUCAUUUUUACUGCAUGCCAAAAACAAUGCUUGCCAAACAAAAUCUUAGACAUCCUAGCACAUUAUGGUCAUUAUAUUUCUAUUCAUGUCAUUAUAAAAAUACCCAGCCUAGUGUCCAGCUCAAUAAAUAUGUAUUUCCCUUUUUCCCUUGCCUAUCCUUCUUUAUUUUUUUAAACUUGAAAUGGGGAUGUGCAGAAUAACAUAUGUUGGGCUAAAGCAAUUAUCUGAAAAACUUUUUGUUGCUGACAGAUGUAUAAUCAGGAAAUUGUUUCUUUAAUGGGACCAAAAUAAAUUUCUUCAUAUACCUUCAUCCUGCCAUAAAUUACCAGACAAGAUUCCCUUCCUUUACCUCAUCCCUGUCAUAUGAGAAGCUGCAAAAAAUAAAGUGACAUGGCACUGGGCACAGUGGGAAUGAGUAAGAGAAUAUCACUUAAAUAUUGUUAAAUAAAGGAAAGACCAAAUCAUCAAGAAAAAAGUAACCCCUUUUCAAGACUAUAAUUCAUUGAUAUUACCAAUAUAUUUUUUGCAAAAUCCAUCAGAUGAAGUGUGAAUGGAUAACCUCUUACUCUGAAAAAGAUCUAGAUCUAAAAAAUCAACUACAGUUCAUGCUUCUGUUGAAUUAUGAGACAACAUGGAGGUUUGCUUUACAAACUCUUCUCUGCCACAUCCUAAUUCACUAAUGCCGUAUCUUAUUGAAGAAUUAUAAAUUUCUUCCCUACAUGAAUACUGGGAUCUAAAAGUUGGCUUUAGGCAAAGAAACUUUGACUCUCUUGUUCUCUUGGAACCAUUUGCCUUUAAUUCUUGGGCCCAUUUGUAUUUUUAAGCUACAAAAUGUGCACUGUCAGCCAUCAGACACAGGCUCUCUACAAUUAGUGAUGAGCUAGGGAAGUAGUAGGGAGCUACUUUUCCAAAGUUAACUGCAUGAGCUUUCCUCAAUGAAAAUGGAAAUUCUGUACUGCCACAUCUUGCCAGAAUCCCAUAUGAAACUUUCACCCACUUAGACCUCUUACAUCCUACUGACCAAGUUUCACACAUACCAAGUCUCCCCCAUUUUUUAGAACCGGAGAGAUGCAAUUUUCAUCUUGGGGUGAUGGAGCAAGAUGGGAGUGAAGAGGAGUGAAAGAAAGUGUCAUUGAAAAGCCCCCAAAAGGGACCUUCCUGGACAUGGGAAGAAAAAGUCCUGAUGAUUUUGAAAAUCCCUCCAAAGCCUGCAGAGGAAAUCAAACCCAUUGUUAGUGCUGUAAAAUGUGUUCUGCUUUGGAAAUCUUGACACCUAAAGUUAAAAUUCUUUUAUCAAUAACCUCCUACACCCACACUGUCCAUCAACUCCUGCUUCCCAUACAAAUGUUAAGCAUUUUUCUCUUGUUGUGAUCAGGUUCACAUUAAAAUGUGUGCUUAUAAACUGACUUGAAGCACAGAUAUUUUUAUGAAUGCUAUAAAAUAUUUUUUAAAGAAAAAGCUAGAGGAUGUCAGUCAAAUAAAACACCACAUGGAUGUGUGUUGGCAAACACUGGCAUAAGAAAACAGAGCUCAGGAAUUUUUAUUACUGUAUUUAUAAAUGUAUUUGAAAGAAUUUGUAAAUGCCACAGGUACAUUUGUAAGGUGACACAUUUGCUCCUUAUAAAACAUUAAAAAUUACAAGGCAAGCUUAAAUGACAUUUGCCAGUAGUUUUACUUUACAAGAUGAAUAUUGAUAUUGUUGCUGAACUAUGUAACUAUGAUGCAUUUUUCAAUCCUUUUUCAGAGCAAAUGCUUUUGCAAUGGUAACAAUGCCUACUUUAAGUUGACUUAAUAAAUUAUUUCUUGAGCAAUGGCUUUUGGAGGGUCUUUUAUACAUAUAUGUAUGAAACUUGGAUUAUAUGAAAAAUAGAAUUUGAGACAUGUUUUUUCUUUGAUUCAGCAAAACAUCUUGGGACACAUUUUUUUAAAAGAAAGGGGGAAAUGACAUUCUAAACCUCUCUGGUAAUAAAACAUGCAGACACAUGCUAAAACAUUUAUCUUAGGACACUCAUCCUUGGCAUUUUGUUGUUUUUGUUUGUUUGUUUUUCCGGGCACAAAUUUCUUUGCUCAUAUUUCAACACCUUCUCUGAUUUUCUAUUCCUACUAAUUCUAAGUCAAAACCAAACCUUGCUUCCAACUUAGCUAACUUCUACAUCUUCUCUCUGUACUGCCCUCGUGUUUCCCUUGUCUUUAUUCAUUUGCCAGACCUGAGCUUUGAAAGUGCAAACAGGCUUGGAAGCACCCAGAAAUUCCUUGGAUCUUCUCCUGGGAGUAACCGAGAACAAUCAAAAGGAAAGUUUCCAAAACCAAGUUACAGUCAACUUCCCUAAAUAAAGCUGUAGCCCCAAAUCUCAGUGCUAAAGACUGACUUUUUUGGUUGUUGUUCACUUCUUUCUACCUAGAAUUACUCUGCAUCUUCACUUCAAACUCCAACUGUGAUUUAAUCCUCUUUUAUGAUCUUUCAUCUGUUGCCUAGACUAUUUCAUAAACACUUGAAAAUUACACUAAAAACAUAGCAAAGAUCUAUUUAUGAACAUCAAGUUUCAUAAAUAUUAAUAUUUUCCUUAUCUGUUCCAUAUCUUUUUAACAAAUGAAACAUCAUGGGUAUGUAAUUUAUAUCGGUCAACAAAUUCUAUUUUCCUUGAUGUAUAGCCUUCCUGUCUACUUUUAAAAUGCAUUCACCUCCUAACUAUAACUCUGUAUCCAUACAUAAUAUAUAUAAUUAAUUAUACGGAUUGUUUAUGAAUUUUACUAUUGUACUUAUUAUUAUGAUUUAUUUCCAUGCAGCAUUAGGUUUAUGAGGCACAAAUAACUUCACUUUGUUCUUUCUAUCUGCUGGGUGUAUGGAUACGUGUACACAAUUGAUUUAUUAAUGUUCUAUGAAUCAACUUUUUAUUUCCACUAUUUUAAAUGCUUGUAAUGAGCCUUCCUAUGAAGAUUUCAUUUCUCCAAGAUAUAAACCCAGAGGUAGUAUUGUUGGGUUGUAUAAUAACAUACCUUAGCCAUUCCUAAACAUUGACUAAUCGCUCUCUCUCCAAGGUAGUUGUACAAUUGGACACCCCUGCCAUGAGUGUAUAUUUUCCAUUUCUCCCCAUCUUUGUCAUUACUUGGCGCUGUCUAGAUCUUUUUAUUUUUGACAAUUUGAUGAACAUAAAAUGAUACGCUGUUUUUAUUUUAAUUUUCAUUUCUUGUAUUUGAGUAUCUCACCCUUUAUCUGCUUACCUUUUGAGAACUUUCUGGGAUUCCACAUAUGUGGAAUAAGCCCCAUAUUCCACAUAUGGGGCUUCUUUUUCUGGUUCAUUUGUCUGUCUAUCCCUGCUCUUGUACUCCACUAUUUUAUUAUCAUAUCUUAUGCAAGGACUUGCUACCUGGUAGAUUAAUUCCCAUAUCAUCAUACCCUUCCUCAAAAUUAUUCUGUUGUUACCUGCUUACUCAUCAUGUGCAUUUUGAGACAAGCUGAUACAGUUUCUUUAAAACUUGUGCUGGAAACUAGAUUGUCGGGUAUUAAAUUUAUGUAUUAAUCUCAAGAGAAGUUACAUCUUUAUAACAUUAUGUCUUUCUAGUCAUGAACAUGGUAUAUCAAUCACAUUAUUUACAUUGGUCUUCAAUAAAAAUUUGUGUUACUCUUCA